AUGUGCGGCACGACCCACGACCCCACGAACUAUGAGAUGGUAGGGCUUCAUUGGAUCCUGGAAAGGAAACCGAGAUCCAGCCGGCAUUGGCGAUUUGAAAUGUCAGCUUUUGAUAUCGUUCCCGAUAUAGUCACUGGUGACGCUUAUAAAAAGACACAGUACCGCGGCACCCGUGCAAUGCCACAGCAUCUUGCAGAUAUCUAG